AUGGCGGACCAGGAGCAAGUGCAGCAGGUUUCCGCGGCGCUGGAGGCCGCGCAGCUGAGCGACGCCAAGCCCGCCUUCUCUUACGCGGCGGCUGCGGCCGCCCCCGCGGCUCCCGCGCCGGCCAAGACGACCAACAAGAAGGUGCUGCACCUGGUCAUCGACUCUGGCGCCAUCAUCAAGGGCACCAACCUGGCGGUGCUGGCCGAGAACUUCUGGACCGUGCCCGAUGUGCUGGACGAGAUCCGCGACAAGAAGUCGCGCGCCAUCCUGGAGCGGCUGCCGUUCACGCUGCAGACGCGCGAGCCGUCGGCCGAGGCCAUGAAGGCCGUGGUCAACUUCUCGCGCAAGACCGGCGACUUCACGUACCUGUCGCUCACGGACCUGCGCGUCAUGGCGCUGUCCUACCAGCUGGAGGUCGAGGCCAACGGCGCCGACCACCUGCGCACGAGCCCCGAGCUCUCGCAGACGGUCACGCGCGCGGCCAACGGCAAGAUCGUGGGCGGCUCGCAGACCAACAUCCCGUGCAAGUACUUCGGCACAGCCAUGGGCUGCAAGUACGGCGACGAGUGCCGCUUCACGCACGACGAGGCCGCCGUCAAGGCCGUGGAGGGUGGAGAGGAGCCCCCCAAGAAGAAGGUCGACAUCCCGUGCCGCUUCUUCAACACGCCCCUGGGCUGCAAGUACGGCGACGACUGCUCCUUCAUCCACGAGAAAACGGAGGAGGCCGAGGAGACCCCCGCCGAGGAGACGCAGGAGCCCGUGGUGGAGCAGGUCAUCAGCGAGGAGAUCCGUAACGCCGACGUCAAGUCCCGUAUCAUGGGCGGGUUCGCCGCCUCGAGCAACGCCGGCGCCGCGGAGGACGACGGCAAGAACUGGAUCACCAACGACAACUUUGCCAAGUUCACGGCGUCUCCGUUCGGCGACGGCAAGGGCCUGGAGGAGAUCGCGUCGCGUCUGCCUGUGGCGUGCAUCACCACGGAUUUCUCCAUGCAGAACGUGAUGCUGCAGAUCGGCCUGCGCCUGCUGUCGACCGAGGGCAUGAUCAUCAAGCGCGUCAAGCAGUGGAUCCUGCGCUGCAUCGCGUGCUUCACGACGUCCACGGAGAUGGACCGCCUGUUCUGCCCCAAGUGCGGCAACAGCACCAUGGAGCGCGUGUCGUACAGCCUCGACCGCGACGGCCACAUGACCUUCUACACACGGGCGAACCGCCCCACCAAGCUGUCGGGCACCAAAUUCUCGCUCCCCAAGCCGAAGGGCGGCCGCAACGGCGACCUGCUGCUGCGUGAGGACCAGCUUCUGGUCGGCAUCUGGGGCCAGCGUCAGCGCCAGCACAAGAAGGUCAUGCAGAGCGCGUUCGGCGAGAACGUAGCACACGACCUCGGCGUCAAGGCCGAGCGACAGACAGGUAUCGUGGUGGGCUACGGCCGCAUGAACCCCAACGCGCAGAAGGGCCGCGAGCGUCGCGGCAAGAAGAAGCGCAACUAG